ACCCUCGACCGUGACUGCCGGUCCCUGAGGAGAGCAGGUGAGGCAGACCCUCAGCCCAGGCGGCCUUUUCCCAGAGACCCUUCUCACAGGGCCCCUCCCCAGAGGAGUCCACACCCUGCCCCCUCAAAGGCCCCCCAGAACUUGCUGGGGAGGGAAGGACUGACCACCGUGUAGAGGACAUGCAUCCAGAAAGGCGGCAGGAGUGGAGGCCAGGCGGGUGUCCACCGGCUUGAAGAUGGCAGAUGGCGGGGACGUGGCCUCUGGGGCUCCCCAGCCCACCUGCAUCAAGGUGGACAUCCACCAGGAGUCGGCUCUGGCCAAGCUGCUGCUGAGUAGGUGUCCCCUGCUGCAGCCCCACGUGCCCUCGCCGCACGCCGCCUCCCGGGCCCUGGGCCACCGCCGGCUGCUGGUGGCCUCCUGGAGAUCAAGUUCCGGCCUUUCCUUCACUUACUGGCCUCUCAGUGAAAGCUGUAGGUAGGGUGGGCUGUGGGCUGAAGGGUGCAGAGGAGCCCCUGACCAUUUAAAGUCCCAGCUGGUGGAACCCGGAGUUCAUCCUCUCACGGCCCAGCGUGGGCUAGCUCUCCCCUCCCCUUGCCUUCUCUCCCCUCCUGUCCUCUCCCUUCUCGUGCCCCCUCUCUUCCUCUCUUCUCUCUCUCUUCCCCUUUCAUAGGGUUCUAACCUUUAGUACAUGGAGUGGAAAGUCCUCAAAACUCCCCUGAGGCUUAGACGCAGACUGGGCCUGGGACCCGGGAUCCGGGUUCUUGGGUUUUUCAUCUUUCAGGCGGUGCAGAUCGUGCUGGGGGUGUUCAGUGGGGUCCUGGGGGGAUUCCUCUUCAUCUCCUACUACACCACGCUGCUUGGAUCUGGAGCCCCCAUCUGGAAAGGGGCUGUGGCUGUGCUGGCUGGAGCUGUCGCCUUCAUUUAUGAGAAACGAGGUGGCACCUACUGGGCCCUGCUGAGGACCCUGCUCGCCCUGGCAGCUUUCUCCACGGCCACAGCCGCCAUCAUCCUUGGGGCUAGAAGUUUCCAUGAGUACCACCAUUUCCUCUUUAAUGGUAUCUGUGAUGUCUCCCCUUCCUGGAGGCCCACCGGGGCCCCCAGCUCUCCGAGUGCAGACGAGGGAAGGCUGCAGCUGUGCACCUCCUAUGUGAACAUGCUGAAGGCCCUGUUCAUAAGCAUCAAUGCCAUGCUGUUGGGGGUCUGGGCUCUGCUGCUUCUAGCAUCUCUGGUCCCCCUGUGUCUGUGCUGCUGGAGAAAAUACUGAUCUAAGGAGAAAAGAGACCCUCCCUUGGAAGAAACUGCUGGGAGUGAGUGAAAUUAGCCCUGCUUCUCCAGAGGACUCAUGUCUGGAGCUCCACCUGGACUGGGUGUCCCAGCAUCUGCCUCGUGGAAGAAGAACCAGGCCGGGAAGAGAGGCUCUCCUCUGACCCCUGUUAUCCUUCCCCCAUGGCCACAGCCACUGCCCUGCACCACCAACCAUCAGAGCUGCUCUGGUCCAUUUCCUGCUCACCUUCACCAUCCUGCCUGCUUCAUGUCCCCUCUUGAGCAAUGAUGAUAAUAAACUCUCGUGCUGUUG